UUAUUUGCAGACCGGAACCCCAGUACUCAACACCAUGAUGCUCAUCGGAGAUGUUAAACAUUGACACUAUCAUGCUAUUUGUAGGAUUUAGUGCAGUUGACUUUACAUGGUUAUUAUUAUCGCUGAUUUUCUUACUCGCAUUUUCUUUACACGUGUUUCUUUUUCACUCUUCCGCCAAAUUUACACAAUCUCGUUCGUUUCAGCUGUUUCAGGAUCUGAUCAGAUACGGAAAAACCAAGAAUUCACAGCGUCCAGCCUAUGUGCGGGUUUUUGACGUUCCCAAAAGGUAACGUUCGACAUCUGAGGAACCAACUGUGGGAUUAGUCUGUUACUGCUCGCUUAAUGCACAUCCGACUGGGUGAAGUUGGUUCGUUCUCCUAUGGUUCUCUCAUUUUUACAUGGUUUCGGUCGUGUGGAACGGCUUGUUAAUCACGCUGUCCCUGCGAACUUCCCUCCUGGGAUCGGACCUACCGCUAUGGCUUAGCAACACGCUAGGAUUCCUGACCGACAGUUCCGCAGCGGCGUGGAAAGGAGUCCCGUUGUCUACUGCACUUGCGCAGAUGCUGCUCUGGGUGCACUCGGCCAGGAGGCUUCAGGAAUGCGCGCAGGUCAGUGUCUUCUCCGGAAGUGUCAUACACGCCGCGCAGUACGCCUUCGGUCUGGGGUACUACGUCCUGCUGGGCCUGACGGUUUUGUGCGUGGGCGGCCCGCACCUGCAGGAAGGGACGCCUGCAUCGCUGACCCAGCUCCAGUGGUGUCAUGCUGCUGGAAUCCUGCUCUUCCUUUGGGGCUCGCUGCACCAGCAUCGCUGUCUGCGGCUGCUGGCACACCUGCGCACCGGAGCUUCAGGUGAGGUUCAGACGCUGGAGCAUAAGGUUCCCUGUGGAGACUGGUUUGAGCUGGUGUCCUGCCCGCACUACUUUGCAGAGCUGGUGAUCUACGUGUCCCUCGCCAUCGUUACUGGCGGCCGUGUGCUCACCUGGUGGCUCGUGGUCCUGUACGUGCUCUUCAAUCAAGCCCUGGCUGCGCAGCUGUGUCACGAGUUUUAUCGCAGGAAGUUUGAACACUACCCUAAGCAGCGCAAGGCCUUCAUUCCAUUUCUGUUUUAGCUCCUCUGCACCGCCCAUAGCUUUGUGUGUGUGUAACCAUUCACUGUUUAAAAAAAUACAUUCAGGAAAUGUGUCUAUUGUGUCUAUAAUUUGAGAUGAUCCUGUCAAAUGAAAGUUUGUAAUGGCUGCAUAUGUUUAUUUUAAAAAUAAAAACCCAAACAACACCAAAGA